CAUAAUCCAAGAAACCCUAGCUAAUUAUCCUUUCAUCUCAUCAUUUUCUUGGUCUCCGUUGCUAAACUCCAUCUGUUUCUGUAUCAAUCAAUUCACCAUGUACCCUCAAAACCAAGACCAUUAUGGCAAGCACUCAAACUCAUCAUCUGCAGCGCCUGUAUUUCAGCCUCCUCCAGCGACAGGCAUUCCAGUGAACCCUUCUCCCCAAUACUACAAUGAGAAUCCUCAAUUUCCUCUCCACGAUUACCACCACCACGGACAUCGUGAUGCAGCUUGGUCCUCAGGCCUCUGUGACUGCUGUUCCGAUUGCAAAGUUUGCUGCUUAACGUAUUGGUGCCCAUGCAUCACCUUCGGACGGAUUGCUGAAAUCGUAGACAAAGGAACUUCAUCUUGUGGAACGACUGGAGGGAUUUAUGCGUUGCUUGCAUUUUUUACUUGGUGUGGCUGCAUCUAUUCCUGCACCUAUCGCUCUAAACUACGGAAGCAAUAUAUGCUUCCUGAGAGCCCGUGUAAUGAUUGUUUGGUCCAUUGCUGCUGCGAGACUUGUGCCCUCUGUCAAGAAUACAAGGAACUCCAAAGCCGUGGAUUUGAUAUGUCCAUCGGUUGGCAUGGAAAUGUAGACAGACACAAUAGUGGAACGGCAAUGGCAACGGCAACGGCACCGGUGUUUGAAGGAGCAAUGAGCCGGUAGAACAGAUUACCUACUUCAUUAAUAAAUGUUUAUUGAUGAUGUGGUCGUGAAAUGUGACGUUGUUAUUACGAUUAUGAUCGUAUGUUUAUUAAUUUGUUUAUGUUUUUGAAUGUCAUAAAAUAUCAAUAGUCAACCAGUGGUUUACUGGUUUAAUUAAUAUGAUUUAGUCUUGAGUUGAUCAGUUCUAUCAAUGGCGUGUUUGCAUGUAUAAAUAAGGAUAAAAGUCUUCGAUCCUGUUCUUUUUUUCC